CGAGGGGGCGGGGCGCAGCUGCUCCCGGGCAUGCUCAGUGCUGCGAGAGAGCAAGGCAGCCCCAAGGCGGGGCGGGCUGGAAGGCGGAGGCUGAGGCGUCUCGCCCCCGGGGCGGGGGACGUGCAGCGCGAGCUGCAGCCGCUGGGAUCGGGGAUGGCUUCGUGGGGCGCCCAGGGGAACCGCUCCGAGCUCGGAAAUCAAGAUUUUCCUAAUAUUUUGGCAAGCCAUGGUUUAGAAAGUACUACAUCUCAAGCUGUCAAUGAUCACAUAGGAAGUGGCAUGCAUCCAGAAUAUCUUGCUUAUGGGUUGGUUCCUGUCUUUUUCAUCAUGGGCCUUUUGGGGAUCCUCAUCUGUCACGUGCUUAAGAAAAAAGGAUAUCGGUGUAGAACAGAGGCCGAGCAAGAAAUUGAAGAGGAAAAGCUUCGAGAAAAGAUAGAAAUGAAUGAAAGUGUAAGUGACAAUAACGAUACUGUGGGGCGAAUCGUCAACAUCAUUAUGGAAAAUGAAGCAAAUGCUGAUAUGUUAAAGGCCAUGGUGGCAGAUAACAGUGUGUGUGAUCCUGAAAGCCCUGUGUCUCCUACCACUCCAGGCAGUCCUACAAGUCCAGGCUCUCCUUUGUCACCAGGUGAUACUCCAUCAAAACAUAACUGUCGUGGCCAUCACUUGCAUACUGUUGGGGGAGUAGCAGAGAAGGAUGUUUGUACUCGCUGUAGUCACAAAAGAUGGCAUCUUUUAAAGCCAACCAACAAAUCUAAAGAACAAAGAAAAAGCCGACAAGGAGAAGUUACGGUACUUUCUGUGGGAAGAUUUAGAGUCACAAAAGUAGAGCACAAAUCUACAUCCAAAGAGCGGAAAAGCUUGAUGUCUGUUAGUGGUGUUGAAGGUGUCAAUGGAGAAGUGCCUGCCACACCUGUCAAACAUGGAUCAGGAGAAGUUCCUGCCACACCUAUCAGACAAGGAGCAGGAGGGAGAACUGGCACAGAAUAACAGGGUGGAUCAGGAGGAGACCCAAAGCAAGUUAUUACUGGGGUUAACCCUUAAUGGGUUAUCAAUAUGCCACCAGGAUAGGUAUGUCCUGCAACCUUUGCUAUUUUAUAUAAGUGUUUGUACCUGCAUCAUGAAAACAAGGCCUUUUUCAAGCUAUUGUGAAGGGUUUUUUAUAAUUGAGUAGUGCAGUCCAUGGUGCAGGAUGAGCCAUUUUCCUUUUGUCUCAAUCUUCUAAAUGUUGGAGCAGCCCAGAAAAAGCUUAGCCCCAGAAGCACAACUGGACUUUGUGUUGCAAUGCCCAACUUUUAGGUACCAAGAAAAUAACUGAAAUCCACAAAGCCUGAGUUAGGUGCCACAAAAGCCAGCAUCCUAGGCAGUCCCCUGCUUAAGUGAGCCUAUAGGACACAUCCCUUCUGUUUGUACUGCUAAGCACCCUCCCCGCCCUGGAAUUUAGACACCUAAAUCCAAGCUGUAGAUGCUUCCUUCUGCUUGGGAUUUACAUCAGGGAAAUCCUCACCCUUAAGUGACUAAGCCAUUCUUUGCAAGAAAUGGCUGGAGGAGGUGAUGCUGCAAAUGCCUCCCUUAUAACUUUUAGCCCAGUGUUUAGAACCUUCACUGAGGAUGUGGGAGAUGCAGGUUCAGUUCCCUCCUCUGUCUGACUGUGGGGGGAAGAGAGAGGAUUUAAACAAGAUUUUUCCCCUGUUCAGAUAAACACCCUACCCACUGGGAUAUGGGAUAUUUUGAUGCGAGUCUCUCCCCAUCUCUCCUGUUGAAGAUGUUCCACUCUGGAUACAUAAUCAUUGGAGCAGGGGGACUGGACCCUGUGUCUCUCACCUCCCAAGUGGGAGUAAGUUGUGAUGCGGUCUAAACAGGUUUCCAGCUAUGUCAUGCAGACAGUCUAGCUCAGAAUAGAUCAACAAGCCAAUUCACUUGUGUAUGAAUAUCAAAGAAGGGUUGAGUAUCAAUAUUCAGGCCAAUUCACUUGUUCUGACAGAAAUCAAAAGAUAUGUUGAUUGUAUUGUUUUCAUCUGUCUCUGGCCUGUACUUAAUUAGCCUUGGAUUGAAAUAUGUUAGUAUUUAAAUAAAUGUGAAUUUACUUGAUGUGUAAAGCUGCAUGAAAACUAAUAAAGAAUUGUUUCUAUCACUUUAUGUUUACAUUAUGUUUACCCAUUGGAGAUUGGAGUGUUGGAUACAUUAAUUAAGGAAUAUGUUGACAUCAAAGCCUGGCUGGUCAUUCAUUGUUUAACUAUGGGGAAUAUGGACCCAUGCUGUGAUGGUAACGCUUGCCAGACUGUUUUCAGCUAUAAGAAGGGACCCUGGUAGCGAUUCUGCAUCUGUGAUCUAUUUGGAUGCUGUCAGGAGGCAUUUCAGGUACAAGACAGAGGUCCCCAAAGCCAUUUUGGGCAACCCUGAGACCCCUUGAGAAAGGAGCAGCUACCACAUUGCUGCCAUCAUUUGGACUUACAAACUGUAACUUCUACCUGCUUUAACCUCUCAAUAUCUCUCAUUUCUUUUUCUUCGCUAAUAAAUCUUUAGUUU